GGCCCAUCAUUCCCUCUGCGACCGUCGCGCUGAUCGCUAGCAACGCUCCCGGUACCCGGCACAUAUAUAUAUAUAUACAAAAUAUACCCGAUACUAUUCGAUUCAACUCGACUCAACUUUACACAACGUUAUUGAACACUUGAAACAGUUGCUCUGUUCUUUUGUGGAAACAACGCAAUAAGUUUGUGGAUAUUACGAGCACGCGUCUGUGUUUCAAAACUUUUGCACAUUCUGCGUGUAUUUGUGCGUGUGUGUGUGUGUGUGUGUGUGUGUGAAUAGACAACGAGCAACAACAACCAACAGCAAUAUCAACAAAAACGUUGUUUAUUAAAAUUGUAAACAGUAGAACACACAAAAUGGGUCGUCUGUUUCAGUACAAUCGCUUUGGCGCCUUGGAAAGUGGCAACAAGCGCAAAAAGGAUACACAAAAGAAGCCACAUGAUAAGGCCAAGAUGUUACGCAAUGCAAUCAAUUGUCCGAGCUACACGGACAUCUAUUGCUCGAGCAACACAAAUGCCGGCAAAAAUCUUGACUUGGCCUUCAAGAAGUGUCAACAAUGGAGCAACAAACUGAAGUUGCAGCCAACAACAACAACAACAACAGCUGCUGCUGCAACAACAACAACAACAGCUGAAGAGCCUGCAGUUCAGAGUCGCACGCAUAAAGUCUAUGACAGCAUGAAGAACUUUCUGCAGCGCAAACUAUUCGCGCAUCCCUCGCAGCACAGACAGACCGAGGAAGAGGCAACCAGCGAUUAUGAUGAGCAGGACCUUCUCGACUCCUCGUACCAGGCAGACGCGGAGGAAGACGAAGAGGAGCUGGUGGCCGACAGUUGCAGCUGCAGCUCCAGCAAUGCCACGCCCAAGCGCGCCCACAACAACAAGUCGCCACAGAAGUCGCUGCUGUCGCUCAACUGUUGGCAGAGCAGUCAACCGAGCGAUUCCAGCGGCAGCGAGGAGGCGCCACCAGAGCAGGUGGAUUCCGAUGCUGGCAUCUCCGAUUGCUGUCAACUGUUGAACGAAAGCAGCAACAGCAACAGUGGCAAGCGACGUGGCACGCCCAAGAAACGUGCAACACAGCGCUACAACAUCAACACGGACGAUGAGGAGGAUGAGGGCGAGGAGCCGGAGUUGUUGCAGUGCGCCUGGUAUCAGCCACGCAUCACGGCCAAGGCGGCACAGGAGCAUCUGCAGCAGGCAACACCGGGCAGCUUCCUGCUGCGCCGCAGCACGCCUCGCAGCUUUGAGCUCUGUCUGCGUCUCGACCACAAGGUGAAAUCGUAUGCGGUGCAGUGCAGCCGCAACGAGAUGUACAGCCUGAAAGGCGCCAAGAAACAAUUUAGCACCCUAAAGGCACUCAUCACACAUCAUUCGGUGAUGGCGGAGCAGUUGCCGUUAACCCUUGACAUGCCCAGGGAGCGACAUUUGGUCAAAUCCUCCGCAGUGCGUUAUGCGGAUGACUUUGAGCCUCUCGAGUCCCUCCAAUUGCUGGGCAUCUUAAAAAGUCUGCAGGCCAAGAACUUUGAGGCAUAGUUAGUAAUUAAAAAAAGGGGGAAUUUUAUUAGAGCAUAGGGAUUUAUCGAACUGCAAAGGGAACGAUAGGUGAAAAAUAUAAUAUGCUAAGUUUUAUUCUUUCGGCCAAGGCCUUGUGAUAUAGUUUACGAAAGAUACGAUUUACGAUUUAGAUCUUAAGUGUGUGUACAUUAAAAAAAAGAACCAACCUACACGUAGUUUUUUUGUAUUCAAUUGUGUUUAUGCUUAAGUUUUCUAUUGUACAGUCAAAUAUUUUGUGAGUUAUGAAAUAAUAAAAAUUGAACAAUGCAAUCCUGCAAAUGCAA